AAUCACUCAUUCGUCCGCUGCACGUUCAACGAGAGAGUUCAAGUUAUCAUUGAUUUUUAAGUUGUCAAUUGUAAAUGUGAUCGUACGUUUAAUUGAUAUUUUUGAAGUUUUUAUAUCACAGUCAAGUUUUCUCUACCAAAAUGAAGGAGAAGAAGAAGAAGAAGAAAAAGAAGAAGAAGAAAAAGAAGAAAAAGAAGAAGAAGAAAAAGAAGAAGAAGAAGAACCGGAGAAGAAAGAGAGCAGUGCAUGAGACCUCAUAAGACAAAUGGCCGAGGAAACACCGCCAUGGCUGAACCCCGAGUUCGUGGAAAAUAUCUUGCGGAAAGCGAGGAACGACGAUUCGAUACGAGUGAUCGAUAUAUGUUCAAAACCCGCGACGGCUAAGGGGGACAACUAUACCAGCGACAUGUACAGAAUAUCGGCUGAAAUUUCAUGCAAACAGGCUGGGGAACGAGAAGUUACGGAAAAAACAUCCCUCAUUGUUAAAGUCGCGCCAACUGGGGAUACAUUGAAAAGCGAUUUGAUUGAAAAAUCCAAAAUCUUCGAUACGGAAAUAUCGAUGAUGAUGAACCUGUUGAAGAAGAUGAACGACCUAGUUGGACCAGGUCAUACACUAGGAGCACGGAUUUACUACGUUCAAAAAGAAUAUCCGGUGUUUCUAGUGAUAGAGGAUCUCGCUCCUCUUGGAUUUCGCAUGGCUGAUCGUCAAGCCGGUCUUGACCUAACUCACUCCUUGAUGGCUAUGCGAGGAUUGGCUAGAUUUCACGCUAGUAGCUUGGCCAUAUGCGAAAAGGAACCAAAUAAUAAAACGAUUUACACCAGAGGAAUAUAUUUCAACGGGCAUCCUCCCGAAUUGACGAGCUUCUUUUCACUUGGAACAAAAUGUUUAGCAGCGCAAGUAAAACAAUGGCCUAAUUUUGAGAAAUAUGCGGAGAAGAUCGAUAAGAUAUCUGACAAAAUCUAUUCCGAAACUUGCAAGGUAUUGAAACAACAAGACGACGAAUUUAAUGUUAUAAAUCAUGGUGACUUCUGGGUGAACAAUAUGAUGUUUCGUUAUAAUGAUGAAGGAAAACCGAUCGAUCAUAUCUUUGUUGAUUUUCAAAUGUGUGUUUAUGGAUCACCUGCGUUAGAUUUGCAAUACUUUCUUAGCACCAGUCCGAACAACGACGUUUAUGAAAAUAAGAAGGAAACGUUAAUAAACGAAUAUUAUUCUACAUUGUGUAAGACGAUGAAACAAUUGGAUUGCAAAACCCCUCCGCCGAGUAUGGAAAAACUGCAAAAGUCUAUCGAUGAUUACGAGAUGGUAGCUAUGAUAAGUUCUUUCGCUAUUUUACCGUUGGUUCUAGUAGAUAGAAAGGAAGCGAAAGAUAUCAACGAGAUUAUGGGCACCGACGGUGGUUACGACGAUUCGGCUUAUAAAACCGAUAUUUAUCGUGAAGUAAUAAGCAAGAGGAUCCCUUAUUACGAUCAAUUAGGAUUAAUGGAUUUUUAAUGAAUCAUUAUUAUUGGUAACGUGUUUUAUUUAAAUACACUGGUUAUGUAUUUUUCGAAUCGAUUUUGAUCGAUUUCGUAACAGAGAUUCGUCUAUCGACGAUCAAUCACGAAAAUAAAUAGUUGAAAUUUCAAACAUAUAUAAACGGAAUAAAUUUAAUAUAUAUAUAUAGUUGAGAAGAAAUAUAGAGAUAAAAUAAUAAAAUUGGUUAAUAAUAAUAAUAUGAGAUGUACGUACGCGAUAACGAGUUUGAUACAAAUUGUUAAUCCAAAAACAAAUACAAAAACAAAAAAACAAAACAAGCACGGUUUGUUAAUCUAACGUUAAUAGGCAACGAGAGUGCACAAUAUAAAAAUAAAUUAUUUCCUAGAUUGUAAUAUACGAAUGAUAUGCGGCGAAAAGAGUAACAAGCGCGCGAGCUCUCUUACGAAAAAUGUAAAUAAUAAAAAAAAGAAAGGAAAAGAAAUAAAACCAAGAAACAUACAUAAUGAUACCGUUGUGCAGAAACUUUUGCAUACGUAGUGGGGUAUAGCAAAAAAUGACGCUGAUGUAAUACAGAGAGCAGAGCACAUAGUAAAUUUCAUAGAGACAAAUUGGAAUGGAAAACUGUUACGCGAAGGAAGUAUGAGAUUGUGAAUUAAAAAAAAAAAAAAGGCAACGAAUAAAAUAAAAAAAAAAAUAAAAAUGAAAUUAAAACAAAAACAGAAAGAGAGAGAGAGAGAGGAGAGAGACAUACGUACGGGUAGUAAACUCGUAGAAAAUUUUCCAUGUUCAAACACGUUUGGAGUGUGUGUAUCUUAUAUUCACCGUUAUUGAUGUUUCGAUAUUAUAUUACGAUUCCCCUCGUGUCAACACAACAAGCGCUCGAUUAAUUGCGGAAGUUAAUUGUUAUUAUUUGCGGGGGAAAAUUGGAAGGUUCCGGGAAUGAGGGUGACAGGGGAGAGACAGGCGUGGACAGCGGGAGGAGGUAUUCCUCCAGCGCUCGACUUUUAAUUGCAUUUUAGCGCUGGUGCGCUCAUAUAGUAAUAGGACAACGCAACAAGCGCAAGUAUAUUAUUCAUUAGAUUGACGAGAGAACGUGACGUGUAGUAUACGUGAUUGGAAACAAACGAACAAAUUAAUGAUGGUCGAUUGAUACUUUCGAUAGAGAGUGUGCGUAUACGCAUGUGUUCUCGCGUGAGCAUAUGUGCAUGUGCAUGUGUGUGUAAGAGAAGGAAGGAGAAAAGGGUGGUAGGGAAAACGGGCUUGUUAACUCAAGCUCGUCACGCUUGCUUGUUUUCACGCUCGUCUGGCGCAAAUCUGAUUUUCGAUUCUGUUUUUUCUUUUUUUAUAUUGCACCUAAAAAGGGAAAGGGGUUGCUCGGGGGAAUGCUUUCGUGAAGCGCAUUGCACUGAAGGGAACGGAGAAGGUACGAAAGAAGAACGACAGAGGGGAAGAGGGUGAUGAAAAAGUAAAGUAAUAGAUGAGAAAGGAGGGGGAAUAAGAAGAGGGAGGGGUAGAAUGUUGAAGUAUAUCGCGUUUCAGCAAUGCCGACGGGCAACGAAUGUUUGAAAUUUACCCGGAGUUCAGGGUGGGUGGGUGUUGGGUGCGAGCAGGUGUAGGGGCAAGAAAUAGGAGAACAAAAAAUUCGGAAAAAGAAAAGGCGAUUAGGUAGGAAACGUUAACGAGGUGUAUGUGAAUUUAAAAAAAUACUCUCAUCACAUAUAUUUAAUGUGCCGCACGCGAUGUUGUUUUUACGUAAAUGGGUGAGCGGGUUAUAUGUGUGAUGCAAACAUUAUAUUACAGAAAGAGAUAAAUACUAUCUACCUUUACACUUAGGUAAUAUGCAGAUGCAUAUUAUCCACGCGUCCAUUCGUUGUUCGAAGCACCGAAAUAUAAAUAUAAAUGUACGCGUGCGUUUGCAUAUAUCGUAAA